UUACUUACUUGUGGUGUGUCGCAAGGUCCUGCUUUCCCUGGCCGCCAAAAGCAGCCGUCACCCAGGGCCUCGGGCAGCUCUGCAGUUCGGGGGCUGAGUCGUGCUCUCUGCCUUGGCACGAGUAAGCUGUAUAAUCAACCUUUUGAAGAUGAUUUACUUAUUUCCAUGGAAACUCUCACUUAUGAUACACCUGAUGGACCAAAACAAUGGGAGAAAGUGUCAACCAAGAAGCUUAGAAAAUGGAAGAAGAAAGCACUUUGGGAGUCGCCUGAGAACUCUUCUGUGGAUACUCCUGACGUAGAUGAGGAAAGUGAUGCUGAUAUAGUUCCAGUAAGGAGAAAAUGUGAAGACAUGGACGCACAGAGUCUUUGUGUAGCUGAUGGGAAAAUUCAAAAGAAAGUAAGAGUGGAUGUCAUUGUACAAGACUACGCUAGACAAAUUCCCAAGUGGAUUAUGAAAGAACCUCAUGGUUCAUCAGAAGGUCUUCAUUUAGCUUCGCCAGUGCAAGAACUGAUAGGCAACCAAGCCAGUGUUUGCAGCAAGGAAGUGGAAUUGGCAAAUGAAUAUUCUUCAAGACCUCUACAGCUACAAUUUUGGGGUGUUCCCAUUUCACCAGGUAGAAUAACCAUACCUAGGCAUCGACUUUAUCCAGAACUGAAUAAAACCUGCUGUGAUUCUCUACUGGAAGAAUACCAGUCUGAAAGUGAGGAAUGCUCCUGCAGCAAUGUCACACUUGCAGAGGAAUGCUCCUGGAGCAAUGUAACUCUUGCAGACUUGUAUCCAGCGAUGGUGCAGAUACUUAAAAGGGUAAUGACAAAGCGGUCAUUAAAAUACAUGUUUGGACACUUAAGGCACAAAAGAUGGCAUUCUAGAAGACCCAAGCUCAAUAUCACUGUAGACAAAAUAAGGGGGUUCAGACCCCUUAAAAUGAAGCAAGCACUACCCAGAAUAUGCAGCAGUAGAAGGGAAGACGUCUGGAAUCUAAUUGCUGGACAGGAGAACAGAGAACUAUGUGAUGACAGCUGCUCCAUCAAUGAUUUAUCUGAUCUGGUACCUUAUUUUUACACUGAUACCAAUGAAAUCAAAAUGGACUGCUCUGACUCUAGUUCAGAACAUCAUUUGUUAUCUGCAAAAGGCCCAAAUGUCUCCAAACAGACAGUGUUUCCUAAUGUUAUGCCUAGAAUGGGAGAGACAUUUCUAGUUGAAGAUGAGUUAGAGACUACUGUCUCGCUGAAGAAUUCAAAAUGCAAAGAAAGUGAAAAAUCGGCUUACGGAUGUUCCUCGGAAUACCAUUUUAUAGCAUCUAAUGCCAGUUCAUGGUCAACGGCAUUUCAUCUGGUGAAAGAGAGCAAAACUCAAAAAGCUUACUUUCCUUGUGGUGGUACCUCAGUAUUGUGUUCAUCUACUUGCAGUUCCUAUGGCAAUAGUAAUACGAUUACACCUCUCACAAACACUUCUCUUGCAAGAACAUCAAAUACUUUGCUCAUAAGUCCUGAAAAAAUAACUUCUGGAGGACAGAUUUCUUUCCAGUGCAAAGACUCAUUUUCCUCAUUGUCUGUGAAGCAGAGUCCUUCAAAGAUGCCCCAGAAAUACAAAGAUGCAUUCGAAGAACUCUACUACAAACUGUCUUCCAAAGAAAUCCAAAAGCCUUUGACAUUGACAAGAGUUCUUUCAAAUUCACAGAACCUUGAGGAGAAAGAUAGAUUAGUGAAGAAUAAUUUAAGUGCUUCUGCGAGGUCCAGUGCACUGUACGACAGAGCAUUGACAGCAUUUAUGAGCAAUUGUCCAAUGAGGCUGUUCCAAAACUUCCUGGGUUGCAGAGACCUUCAAAUAUAA